AUGAAGGAUUCAUCACGGCUCAUGCCUAGUUCCAAUACACUACCGAACUCCUCUCGUCGUAACUCGGGCGUGACUCUAGAUUCAUCACGGCUCAUGCCUAAUUCCAAUACCCUACUGGACUCCUCUACCACAACUCACGCUCGACUCCGGUUCCGGUAUACUACUCGGACUCUCUCAUCAUAA